CCAACGAGCAACAAACACGGCAUUGGGAAAAUGGGGUUCUAUUCUUCUUCGCGUGGCCUUGUACCUUCGGCUCUACUUCUAUGCUUUUGCAUGCUGUUACUCGGAGUAGAUGGAGGAUCUCGAAGGCUUUAUAUCGUAUACCUAGGCGAUGUGAAACAUGGACACCCGAACGACGUCAUCGCGUCGCACCAUGAUAUGCUAACUGCUGUUCUUGGAAGCAAGGACGAUUCUUUGGCCUCCAUGGUCCACAACUACAAGCAUGGUUUCUCAGGCUUCGCAGCAAUGCUUACUAAAGACCAAGCUGAACAACUUGCAGAGUUUCCAGAAGUCAUCAGUGUCCAACGAAGCAGAAGGUACACGACGGCGACCACUCGAAGCUGGGACUUCCUUGGUCUGAACUACCAGAUGCCCAGUGAGCUGCUCCGUGGAGGCAGAUAUGGAGAGGAUGUAAUCAUCGGGGUUAUUGACACCGGUAUCUGGCCGGAGUCGAGAAGCUUCAGCGACGAGGGGUACGGGCCGGUGCCGUCACGGUGGAAAGGCGUGUGCCAAGUUGGAGAGGGCUGGGGCAGCAACAACUGCAGCCGCAAGAUAAUCGGCGCACGGUUCUACAGCGCCGGAUUGGACGAGGAGGACAUCAAGAUCGAUUACCUAUCGCCCCGGGACAAGAAUGGCCACGGCACGCAUACGGCGUCCACAGCUGCGGGCUCGGUCGUGGAGGCGGCCAGUUUCCACGGCCUCGCCGCAGGCGUCGCGCGCGGCGGCGCGCCUCGUGCUCGCAUUGCCGUGUAUAAAUCCCUCUGGACGAGUGCCGCCGGCGGAAGUGUCGGCAACACCGCCUCCGUGCUCGCGGCCAUCGACGACGCCAUCCACGACGGGGUAGACGUUCUGUCGCUCUCCCUAAGCGGUGUGGAGAACUCGUUCGGUGCCCUGCACGCCGUCCAGAAGGGGAUCAGCGUCGUGUACUCGGCCGGGAACAACGGGCCCACGCCACAGGUGGUCUGGAACACUGCUCCUUGGGUCAUCACCGUCGCGGCAAGCAAGAUUGAUCGGUCGUUUCCGACCGUGAUCACGCUGGGGAACCAUCAGGAGAUCGUGGGACAGUCCUUGUACUACGGAGGGAAGAACUCAUCAAUCAACAGUUUCAAACUUCUUGCAUUCGGAGGCUUAUGCACUGCGAGUGCUCUGAACGGCACGGACGUGCGAGGGAAAAUUGUGAUGUGUUCAUCUCUCCGCCCGUCAUGGCUUGCGCCUUUCCUGACCGCGUUGGAAAACGUCCGGGAUGGCGGAGGUUCCGGUCUCAUCUUUGCUGAAUAUACCACGGACCUUAUCGGUGAAACUGCUGAUUGCAAAGGCAUUGCGUGUGUUCUUGUGGACUUGGACACUGCCAACCAGAUCAAGAAAUACAUGGGCGACGCAAGGUCUCCUGUUGCAAAGAUUGAACCAGCACGCACAGUGACAGGUGAAGAGGCACUGACCCCAAAAGUGGCAGAAUUCUCCUCACGAGGUCCAUCCAUCCACUACCCUGAAGUAAUCAAGCCUGACAUAGCUGCACCAGGAGUCAGCAUCUUAGCAGCAGAACGAGAUGCAUAUGUAUUUAAAUCAGGGACAUCUAUGGCAGCACCACACGUAGCAGGUGUCGUCGCGCUGCUGAAAGCCCUGCGCCCAAAUUGGUCCCCAGCUGCACUAAAAUCAGCAAUCAUGACCACUGCGUCCGUAACUGAUGAGCGCGGCAUGCCGAUACUUGCACAAGGAUUGCCUCAAAAGAUCGCCGACCCAUUCGACUAUGGAGGGGGGCACAUAAACCCUAACAGGGCAGCUGAGCCUGGCCUGAUUUACGACAUUGAUCCAAGUGAUUACAACAAGUUCUUCGGGUGCACCAUCAAGAAAUCCGUGCGGUGCAAUGAAACAAUGUUACCUGGAUAUCACCUGAACUUGCCGUCCAUCUCUGUUCCAGAUCUGAGACGUCCCACUACCAUAUCGAGAACUGUUACAAAUGUAGGCGAGGUAGAUACAGUUUACCAUGCUGCAAUCGAAAGCCCGCCUGGAGUCAAAAUGGACGUUGAGCCGUCAGUUCUUGUGUUCAAUGCUGUAAAUAAAGCUAUCACAUUUCAGGUGAAGUUAUCGCCUAUGUGGAGGUUACAAGGGGACUACACGUUUGGAAGCCUUACUUGGCACAAUGGCCAAAAGACAGUGCGGAUUCCAAUUGCAGUCCGGAUGACGAUUCGUGAUUUCUAUGCAGAUGUCGCGUAACUGGGAUGAAACAUCCAGGCAGCAUUGUAGCGUUCUUUUACUUUUUGAAGGAAAUAUCAUAGUGUUAUUAGCACUGUCCAGAAAAAAAAUAAGACAUGCCAAGUUUCACUAAGGCUUUACUUGUAUUUAUUUUCUUUAUAGCCAAAUAGCUGUUGCUGUGUAUGUGUAUGUUAUACAACUCUAAUAACCAUAUCAAAAUCUAGUUGCAGCUGCACAAA